AUGUCGUUUGAUGGAGUGCAAGAUAAUGGCCGCCAGUUUCUAGAUCUCGGCGGCAAACGCAGAACCAAGUGGUGGCAUGGCCUUAGUUCCGCCACUAUUUUCGCCACAGGCAUGCUAGCCAAAGGGUUUGCCAGCCUCAUGCUCAAAGAUGUCGAAGUAUCAAAUCUCGAUAUUCUUCAAGAAGCCCAAGAACGAUGCAGGAUCGAAAAGCGGGGGCUUAUAACCAUUAUGAAUCACAUGUCUUUACUUGACGACCCAUUUGUAUGGGCUAUUUUACCAACAAAAAACUUUACCAGCCCUGACCAAAUUCGUUGGAGUUUGGGAGCAGAUAAUGUUUUAUUUUUUAACGAGUUUCUUGCUUCGUUUUUCUCGUUAGGACAAGUUCUAUCAACAAAACGGUUUGGUGAAGGACCUUUCCAGGGAUCCAUAGACGCUUCGAUUGCACUGUUAUCAGGAUACAAUACCCAACAACUACAAGACCCCAGAACCAAUCUUCCACAAAAAUACUGGAUCAAGCGUGGGGCCGAAGCAUCUGACCUACAAGCAUCUUUUAAAACCAACUGGGUUCACAUUUUCCCUGAAGGAUUUGUGCACCAGGUUUACCCACCACACCGCUAUACGCUGCGCUAUUUCCACUGGGGUGCCAGCCGGCUGCUGCUAGAAGCAACCAAGCCGCCCAUCAUUGUGCCGAUUUAUGCGUACGGCUUUGACAACGUGAUUCCAGAAGACAAGCAGGAUGAUUACUCGCUGUGGGGGCAGCGCAACAAGGCAACCCUGCGUGUGAAGGUGGGGCAGCCCAUUGAUGAUGGUCAGGUGGCUUCGUUUCGUCAGCGAUGGGCAGAUUUGGUGGAGGAGGAAGAGGAGAAGAAGAGAAUUAAUGGUGGGGCCAAGAAGAUUGUUGAUGUUUCUUCUUCUUCUUCUUUGACAGACAAAAAUGUAAUUCCAUUAAGACAUGGCAAUAUGCCUGAAGAACUCAAGACUGGGACCCGAGCACAAAAGUUACGAAGCGAAGUUGCCUUAUUUUUAAGGAGUGCACUGGAUUCUGUACGCGAGUCGAUGGGGCUACCGCGUGAAAAACUGGACUUUGGGAACCCUGCGUUCUGGGACCCCGAGACGGGUGGAUGCAAGGAUGUGCCUGUGAUGGGAGAUGUCAACAAGUUAGAGGUGCACAAGCUAAAGGACUUUUUCCAUUUACUGGAAGAUGAAGUAACACCUCCAAGUGUAACUGGAGGAUCUGCGGUCCGUGGAACAGCGGGUUCAGUGUCGUCUUGUAAGUAA